CACAUCCACAGCAUUGAAAGCUUGCCUACUUGAACUGGCGCAGUGGCAUCACUUUUGUCCUCUGCUCAGCAUCCAUCUUUACCUUGCACCACCAUGAUUGAAGUAAUUUGCAACGAUCGUCUCGGCAAGAAGGUCCGCGUCAAGUGCAACGGUGACGACACUGUUGGCGACCUUAAGAAGCUUAUUGCUGCCCAGACUGGUACCAACUGGGAGAAGAUUGUCCUCAAGAAGUGGUACAAUAUAUAUAAGGAUCAUAUCACCUUGGACGACUAUGAGAUCCAUGAUGGCAUGAACAUUGAGUUAUACUAUAACUAGAGCGUUCAGUGUAGAAGGAUUUUCGUUGUGCAGAAUACUAUGUCCGAGGAUGAGAAUUGUACACGGCGAGUUCAUUGAUCGAUCAAAAAAAACCGAAAAAGAAACUACGGAGUAAAUUGCUAUCAACUCAAGGAACCAUAUUUUGGUUGGCAAAUGUCCGGACGUCCAUUGUGUCUGAGCCAAGCGAUACCAACUUUGUGCAUCACUUUUGGAUCUGAUGAAGAUUGCUAUCAAGAUAAUAUCGUUGCAGUGUCACGGAAUAGCACAAUAAAGCGGACUGCACUCGUUUCCGAUUUUUAAGGA